UAAUUUGAAGGACCGAGACCAGAAGCUAUUGGGGACGCUUCUGGAAUCUGAGCAGGAAAGGUUUGAAGGUUCAACAUUAACCGCUGGUUAAUUAGGCAGGCAUUUGAGCUGUUUUCACGGCUUGUUAAGAUCCACAUGGCUCCAACAAAUGUCCGCCAUCAUUUCUCUGCAACAGCAGCAGCAGCAGACUGCAGCUCUCCACUGGAGUCUGAGCUGCGAAGUUUGCUGCAGCAAAGGAUUAUGGUCCUAGAUGGUGGAAUGGGAACUAUGAUCCAACAAGAAAAUCUGGAAGAGGAUGAUUUCAGAGGAGAAGAGUUUAAGGAACACCCUCUUUCUCUGAAGGGCAACAAUGACCUUCUCAGUAUCACACAGCCAGCCAUCAUUUAUAAAAUACACAAGGAGUAUCUGCAGGCUGGUGCUGACAUCAUCGAGACGAACACGUUCAGCAGCACAUCCGUGGCCCAGGCAGAUUAUGGACUGGAACACCUGGCCUAUCGCCUCAACAGGGUUUCAGCAGAGUUGGCAAGGAAAGCAGCGGAUGAUGUCACCAAACAGUCCGGUUGUAAACGCUAUGUGGCCGGGGCACUGGGUCCCACAAACAAAACCCUCUCUGUGUCACCCUCUGUGGAGAAACCGGACUUCAGGAAUAUAACGUUUGAUGAGCUGGUAGAGGCCUACACAGAGCAGGCUCGAGGUUUAUUGGAUGGAGGAGCUGACAUCCUGCUGGUUGAAACCAUCUUUGAUACUGCUAAUGCCAAGGCUGCUCUGUUUGCCAUCGAGCUUCUCUUUGAAAAGACCCAUGAAAGAAAGCCCAUAUUUAUCUCAGGAACGAUUGUUGACCGCAGUGGACGGACAUUGUCUGGUCAGACGGGAGAGGCCUUUGUAGUGAGUGUGUCCCAUGCAAACCCACUGUGUAUUGGUCUGAACUGUGCGCUGGGCGCGACAGAAAUGAGGCCUUUUAUUGAGGCAAUUGGAAAAAGCACAACAGCUUUCAUCAUCUGUUAUCCCAAUGCAGGUCUUCCCAACACUUUUGGAGGAUAUGAUGAGACGCCUCAAGUAACAGCCUCCAGUUUAAAGGAGUUUUCUAUGGAUGGACUUGUAAACAUUGUUGGUGGAUGCUGUGGGACCACUCCAUCACACAUUAGAGCCAUAUCAGUAGCUGUUAAACCAUGCCAGCCAAGAGUCCCUGCUGCAGAUGCUUUUAAAAAUGAUUUGCUUCUCUCAGGUUUGGAGCCCUUCCGAAUUGGCUCAUAUACCAACUUUGUAAACAUCGGGGAGCGCUGCAACGUGGCUGGGUCACGCAGGUUUGCCAAGCUGAUCAUGGCUGGGCAAUAUGAGGAAGCUCUGAGCAUUGCUAAGACCCAAGUGGAGAUGGGAGCCCAGGUCCUGGAUAUAAACAUGGAUGAGGGCAUGCUGGAUGGGCCAACAGCUAUGGCUCGAUUUUGUAACUUCAUUGCCUCUGAGCCAGAUAUUGCACGGGUUCCUUUGUGUAUUGACUCCUCUAACUUCUCAGUGAUUGAAGCUGGGCUGAAGUGCUGCCAGGGGAAGUGCAUUGUCAACAGCAUCAGCCUAAAGGAAGGAGAGCAGGAGUUCUUGCUCAGAGCGGCCACUGUAAAGCGCUAUGGAGCUGCUGUGGUGAUAAUGGCCUUUGAUGAGGAGGGACAGGCCACAGAUGCAGAGCACAAAGUGGAGAUCUGCACUCGGGCCUACAAGCUCCUGGUCAACAAGGUUGGAUUUGAUCCUAACGAGAUCAUCUUUGACCCCAAUAUCCUCACCAUUGGCACUGGCAUGGAGGAACACAAUGACUACGCUGUCAGCUUCAUCAGGGCCACCAAGCUUAUCAAGGAGACACUACCAGGAGCCAAGGUUAGUGGAGGUUUGUCCAACCUGUCCUUCUCCUUCAGGGGUAUGGAGGCCAUCAGAGAAGCGAUGCACGGGGCUUUUCUCUAUCACGCUAUCAAGAAUGGGAUGGAUAUGGGGAUUGUGAAUGCUGGGAACCUUCCUGUUUAUGAUGACAUUGAUAAGGAGCUGUUGUUACUGUGUGAGAAUCUCAUCUGGAACAGAGAGGCAGAUGCUACAGAUAAACUACUGGCCUAUGCACAGAAUAAAGGCAAAGGAGGAAAGAAGGUGGUUCAGGCAGAUGAAUGGAGAAAAGCUUGUGUAGAAGAAAGAUUGGAAUACGCUCUCAUCAAGGGAAUAGAGAAGUAUGUUGUGGAAGAUGUUGAGGAGUGCCGAGCUCAGGUAGAUUGCUACAAGCGGCCCCUUCACAUCAUUGAGGGCCCCCUGAUGAAUGGCAUGAAAGUGGUGGGGGAUUUGUUUGGAGCCGGGAAGAUGUUUCUGCCACAGGUAAUUAAGUCUGCUCGUGUUAUGAAGAAGGCAGUUGGUUAUCUGAUUCCAUUCAUGGAGAAGGAGAGGGAGGAGAUGAUGGCAGCAUCGGGAUCAGCCGAGGAGAUGGAUCCCUAUCAAGGCACCAUUGUUUUGGCUACAGUAAAAGGAGACGUCCAUGACAUUGGGAAGAACAUUGUUGGUGUGGUGCUGGGUUGUAACAACUUUAGGGUAAUCGACCUGGGUGUGAUGGUUUCCUGUGAUCGUAUUCUCAGAGAGGCUGUAACACAGAAAGCUGACAUCAUUGGUUUAUCAGGCCUCAUCACUCCAUCUCUGGACGAGAUGAUUUAUGUGGCCAAAGAAAUGGAGAGACUUGGAAUGACAACACCUUUGCUGAUUGGAGGAGCCACCACAUCAAAGACACACACUGCUGUGAAGAUUGCACCCUGCUACAGUUCUCCUGUUGUCCAUGUCCUCGAUGCAUCCAGGAGUGUGGUGGUGUGCUCCCAGCUGCUAGACGAGGGAAUGAGGGAGGAGUAUUUGGAGGACGUGAAGGAGGAGUAUGAGGAUGUCAGACAAGAGCAUUAUCACUCUGUAAAGGACCGUCGGUAUCUUUCUCUCUCUGAGGCCAGGCAGAAGGCUUUGCAUAUAGACUGGUCCUCUGUGCCUAGACCAGUUCACCCUCAGUUCUUAGGCACUCGCGUGUUUGACUGUUACAAUCUAAACAGUCUGGUGGACUUUAUCGACUGGAAGCCUUUCUUUGAUGUGUGGCAGCUCAGAGGGAAAUACCCCAACAGAGGAUACCCCAAGAUUUUUAAAGACAAGACAGUUGGUGUGGAAGCUCACAGAGUCUUUGAUGACGCCCAGCUAUUGCUCCAUCGGAUGAUCGACAGCCACAGCCUGAAGGGGCGGGGCCUGGUGGGCUUUUGGCGUGCUCAGAGUAACGGCGAUGAUAUCAAUGUUUACAAAGAAGAUGGUACAGUUCACAAAAACACAAAGCCCAUCGCCACUUUUCAUGGCUUACGGCAACAGGCGGAAAAAGACAGCUCCAGCUCAGAGCCCUUCCUGUGCGUUUCUGACUUUGUGGCUCCUGUGGACAGCGGCGUGGCCGACUACAUUGGGAUGUUUGUUGUAGGUGUGUUUGGAGCUGAGGAGCUCAGUCAGCAGUUCCAAACCCAGGGAGAUGACUACAACAGCAUCAUGGUUAAAGCUCUUGCUGAUCGCCUAGCUGAGGCAUUUGCUGAGGAGCUUCAUGCUCGUGUGCGUAAGGAGCUGUGGGGCUACAGCUCUGAUGAGGCUCUGCAGGCCUCAGACCUUCAUAGAGUACGAUACCAAGGCAUCAGACCUGCAGCCGGCUACCCCAGCCAGCCUGACCACACAGAGAAGCACAUCAUGUGGAGUCUGGCCAGUGUACAGGAGAAGACAGGUAUUGCUCUGACUGAGUCCCUGGCCAUGACACCAGCUGCCUCAGUCUCAGGACUUUACUUCUCACAUCCUCAGGCCUCAUACUUUGCUGUAGGAAAAAUCACCAAAGAGCAGGUGGAAGAUUAUGCCAGGAGGAAGGAGAUGAGUACAGAGGAGGUGGAGAGAUGGUUGGCUCCCAUCCUGGGCUAUGAACAGGAGCCGUAGCUUAGAGUCUCUGGUGAAAUCAUUCCAGGAGCUGUUACUGAGGCAGCUGUAUGUGGUUUCGAUCUGGCAUCAGAGGGUGCUACAUUUACAGCCCAUAAGGCCCCAGUGUAUGACUUUAAAUGGGAACAUUGACUUUAAAUGGAAACAUUGCAGACUGGAUCACACUUCUGUUCCGGACUGUCGCUGACUAAUCUGCAGCAGUUGGGCUCAGAAAUCUGUUCUUAUCAUUUUGGAAGCUAAAAGAUCUUUUAACACGAUUCAUGUUUUAGAGAUGGUUUUAAAUUUGUUUUUUUAAAUGAAACUAGGUCUUCAGACAUUUUUGUAUUUCAGUUAUUCUUUUUAGGUUGAGUAUUUUAUUUAAAUAAUAUGGUAAAUGCCCUGGAAUCUGGAGUGUACUGUCAUGCAUGAGCAUGCAAGCAACUUGGAGCAUCCAUCCAUCCAUCCAUCCAUCCAUUUUCUAACCGAAUAUAGCUGCUGGUGCAACAAAAUCCUCCUUAGAAACUAUUACACAUGUCAUUUUAAGUCAACCACAUGUUAAGCAUAUAACUUGGAAUAUUUUAUUAAUUUAUUGUAAGUAAUCUUCUGUUGAAAAAAAGAGCUGCUAAUUCAGUUUAUAGAGACUCUAAAGGUUCAUUCCAGGGCUCCUGAGAUUUAAAGGAACAGUCCAUUCCUGCAUAAGUGGUCCUUGUUAUUGAUACCAAAAAUCAGUAUUGAUUGUUAUUGUAUUCUGAAUAAUAUUCAGAAAGUAGUCUUGAGUUUAUAUUUUUGAUGAAUGAGCAUUUUUCAAAUUUCAAAAGUAUAGUUAUUGUAGUGAUCAUUGGAUUAAGGAUUUGAAUGUUUGCAACUAAGCAUCUUGGAGUAAAUAAGGAUUUCUGAAAGAAAUGAUUUAAAAAUGUUCUGGAAAUUAAGAUAAAUUGUUCUAAGGUGUGUUUUGAAAUAAAUAACUUUUUUCCCCCAAUA